AUGGCUUCCAAGUUACUCGCAUUCCUCGCUCUCGCCGCCGAGCUCAGGCCAACCCUCGCCACCGUCCUCCCGCCACGGGCCAACGCGAAGCCCCAAGCAUGCCGCAAGACUAAAGUAGCCGUUCUCGGGGCUGGCAUCUCGGGCAUCACGGCCGCACAGGCCUUGUCCGGCGCGGGUGUGGACGAUUUCCUGAUCCUCGAGCACAAUGACUACAUCGGCGGCCGCGUCCACCACACGACGUUCGGUGCGAAACCCGACGGCUCACCGUACACCGUCGAACUCGGCGCCAACUGGAUCGAGGGCGUCGGCGGCACAGGCCCUGUCAAGAACCCGAUCCUCGAGGCCACCGACAAGGCCAAGAUCAAGAGCGUCUUCUCCAACUACAGCGCCAUCGUCUCCUACGACCACACGGGCGCAAACGACUACCUGCACCUCCUCGACGAGUACGACGGCAACUUCACCCUGGCCACGCAAGACGCCGGCUCCAUCCUUGAAAACGACCUCCAGGACUCGUCGAUGCGUGCCGGCCUCAGCGUCGCCGGGUGGAAGCCGGGCCGCGACAUGCGCGCCCAGGCGGCCGAGUGGUGGAGCUGGGACUUUGGCGUCUCCUGGCCGCCCGACGAGAGCGGCUUCCAGUUCGGCAUCACCGGCGACAACGAGACGUUCAACCGCUUCGGCGACGAGCGCUACCUCGCCACCGAGGCGCGCGGCCUCAACGCCUUUGUCCGCGAGGCGGCCCUGAUCUUCCUCGACGGCCUCGAGGACCCCCGGCUGCUCCUCAACACCACGGUCGAGGCCGUCGAGCACAGCACCAAGGGAAUCGUCGUGCGCGACCGCGACGGCGGCUGCGUCGAGGCCGAGUACGCCAUCUGCACGUUCUCCGUCGGCGUGCUGCAGAAUGACGUUGUCGAGUUCCAGCCCCGCCUGCCCGUAUGGAAGCGCGAGGCCAUCGAGCAGUUCCAGAUGGGCACCUACACCAAGAUCUUCCUGCAGUUCAACGAGUCCUUCUGGCCCCAAGACGCGCAGUUCCUCCUCUACGCCGACGAGGACGAGCGCGGGUGGUACCCUGUCUUCCAGAACCUCGGCGCUCCCGGCUUUCUCGAGGGCUCGAACAUUCUGUUCGGCACCGUCGUCGGACACCAGGCGUUCCGCGCCGAGCAGCAGACGGACGAGGAGACCAAGGGGCAGAUUCUCACGGUGCUGCGGAAAAUGUUCCCUGACGCGACCGUUCCCGAGCCGACGGCUUUCAUGUACCCCCGCUGGGGCCAAGAAGAAUGGGCCUUUGGCUCGUACAGCAACUGGCCGGUCGGCAUGACCCUGACCAAGCACCAGAACCUGCGUGCCAACGUCGGCCGCCUCUGGUUCGCGGGCGAGGCCAACUCGGCAAAGUACUACGGGUUCAUGCACGGAGCGUACUACGAAGGCAAGGACGCCGGCGAGCGCGUCGCGGCCAUGGUCAGAGGCGAGCCCAUCAUCAACGAGGACACGGCCCCCGACGGGCAACUGAAGCGGUACGAGAAGCUGUAUGGGCCCAUCAAUAUGAAUGAAUACAACGAAGGCAACGGGUGGCCGGAUGAUGAGUAG